UGCUUCACAUGUAGUUGUCUCUCUUGUGAAAAACUAUCCAAACUAUCUGAUUAUAAAUCUAGAUAAGCUCGAUUACUGUGCAAGCUUGAAGAAUCUUGAAACCGUCUCUGAGAAGGAAAACUACAAGUUUAUCCAGGGAGAUAUUUGUGAACCUGAUUUUAUAAAACAGCUCUUUGAAACUGAGAAAAUAGAUAUAGUCCUUCAUUUUGCAGCCCAAACACAUGUAGAUCUUUCAUUUUGGCAUGCCCUGGAAUUCACCUAUGUGAACGUUUAUGGCACUAAUGUGCUGGUUGCUGCUGCGCAUGAAGCCAACGUGGAGAAGUUUGUCUAUGUUAGUACAGAUGAAGUGUACGGAGGCAGCACUGAUGAGGAAUUUGAUGAAUCCUCGCCAAAACGUCCAACAAAUCCCUAUGCCUCCUCUAAAGCAGCUGCAGAGUGUUUUGUUCAGUCUUACUGGGAAAGGUACCAAUUCCCAGUUGUCAUCACACGGAGCAGUAAUGUUUAUGGACCACACCAGUAUCCAGAAAAAGUUAUUCCGAAGUUUAUAUCUUUGUUGCAACACAACAGAAAAUGCUGUAUUCAUGGUUCUGGACUUCAAAGAAGGAAUUUCCUUUAUGCAACUGAUGUAGUAGAAGCAUUCCUUACUGUCCUGAAGGAGGGGAAGCCAGGUGAAAUUUAUAACAUUGGAACUAACUUUGAGAUGUCCAUUGCCCAGCUUGCUAAGGAGUUAAUCCAUUUAAUAAAAAAGACCAGUUCAGAAUCUGAAAUGGAGCACUGGAUGGAUUAUGUCAAAGACAGACCUACCAAUGACCUGAGAUACCCAAUGAACUCGGAAAAAAUGCACAAUUUAGGAUGGAGACCUAAAGUGCCUUGGAAAGAAGGAAUAAAGAAAACAAUUGAAUGGUACAAAGAAAACUUUCACAACUGGGAAAACUCAGAGGCAGCUCUGGAGCCCUUUCCUGUGACAGAGCCAUUUGCACAGCUCAGUGGUCCAUAGGGUGGCAGAGAACCUGAAGGAGUUUAUUCUACCUCAUAUGGUCUUUUCUUCAAAGCUUGCGAUGAAGUGGCCACACUGAACUCUUAAUGUAUUCAAGAUACAUGAACCAUGGAUACAGUGCAGCGCAACUUUGGAGGGGUUUCAGCACUUUAUAACUUCAACCUGUUAAUUUCAGCUUUUGGUGCAAUACUAUAUUCUCACUAGGUAUUGAUUUUUAAAGAACUGUAUAGGGUGAAGAA